AUGCUGCGAGCGAAGCCGAGCAAGCAGCAGAAGCAUCGGGUGCUGGCGCAGAUCUUGCAGGGGAUGGAGCAUCUGCGACAGAACCGGAUCAUCCACUGCGACAUCAAGCCAGCAAACAUCCUCAUGACCAGCAAUCACGAGCGAGCAGAGCCCAAGAUUGCCGACUUCGACGUCUCGAGGGAGCAGGAGGACCACACGAGGGACUUGAUCGCGACAGUGACGGCUACACAAGUUGUUGGGACGCUCACGUACAUGGCACCAGAGCUGGUGGACCCGACCAUGGCCAAGCGGAGAGCGUCACACAAGUCAGACAUGUACUCAUACGGGUUGGUGGUGGCAGAGUUCCUGACG